UUGACCCGCGCAGCUCGCAGCAAAGUGGGCUCGAAAAAAAAAAGAAGGGGGUCUAUUCUUCUCGGCGGAUGACAGCGAAAAGGACAAAAAGGGGGAAGUGAGGAAGAAGUUGUCAUUAUUUUCCCGGCACUAUUCAAUGAUUGUGUGGGUCUAAGCGGUUGUUCCGAGACAAGGUGAAUGUACAGCAUCAUGAUGGAGACCGACCUGCACUCCCCGGUGGGGCCGCAGACCAACGCGUCCAACCCGGGGGGGAGCGGCAAAGUCCCCCAGGAGCGAAUCAAGAGACCCAUGAACGCCUUCAUGGUGUGGUCCCGGGGCCAGCGGCGGAAGAUGGCCCAGGAGAACCCGAAGAUGCACAACUCGGAGAUCAGCAAGCGGCUGGGUGCGGAGUGGAAGGUGAUGACCGAGGCGGAGAAGCGACCCUUCAUCGACGAGGCCAAGCGGCUCCGGGCCAUGCACAUGAAGGAGCACCCGGACUACAAGUACCGCCCGCGGAGGAAGACCAAGACGCUGCUGAAGAAGGACAAGUACUCGCUGGCCGGGGGACUCCUGGGCCACGCGGCGGGUGUGGGGAUGGGCGGCGGGCAGCGGCUGGAGAGUCCCGGCGGCGGCGGUGGAGGUGGCGGCGGGCACUUGGGCUACGCCGCGCACGUCAACGGCUGGCCGAGCGGCGCCUACCCGGGCCAGGUGGCGGCUGCAGCGGCCGCAGCCCACGCCAUGAUGCAGGAGGCGGCGUACACGCAGCAGCACCCGGGCACCGGGGCUCACCCGCACCACCACAACCCGCACAGGUACGACAUGAGCGCCUUGUGUUACAGCCCCAUCUCGAACUCCCAGGGCUACAUGAGCGCCUCGCCGCCGGGCUACGGGGGCAUCACCGGCUAUACGCACCAGCACCAGGGCGCCGGCGUGUCCCCCGUGUCGGGGGCGCACGGGGGUACCCUGGGCCCGCUGGUGAAGUCCGAGCCCAGCGCCAGCCCCCCGGUGUCCGCGGGGCGCGGCACCUGCCCCUCGGGGGACCUGCGGGACAUGAUCAGCAUGUACUUGCCCACGGGCGAGGUGGCGGGAGACUCCUCCGUGCACGGCCGCCUGCACGUCCUGCACCCGCAGCACUACCAGGGCAGCAGCACGGCGGUGAACGGGACGGUUCCUCUGACGCACAUAUAAAAAUAAUCAUCAGCAAAAAAAAAAAAAAAAAAAAAAUAAGCACUAAACCGCAACCAAAUACUUUUGGGGCGCUGCUGCGCUCAUGUAAAUGACGGCUUUUAGAGCCGUAAAAAUGCAAUCACCUGAACAAACUUUUUUUUUUUUUUUCCCCUUCACACUCACGCGGAUUUCUUUCAACUCGCUCCAAGUUUUCACACCAUUUAAAUAAUAAUCCUGCAACUUUGUGUGGAAUUGAAGGCGUGGAAAAUGUGUUUUUAAACGACUUAACCGCAGGCAGACAAUUUCAACUGAUUCCCAGUUUUAAUCCAAUUGUAAAAAAGGUCGGUGUGAUUUUUUUUUUUAUUGUUUAUUUUUUGUUUUGUUUUUGUUGUAAGUCUUGUAAAUUGUGAAUAAAUAUUGCCACUGGAAACGCUUUAUGCAACUGUACAAAUGCAUUAUUAUUUCUUUCCCCCUUAUUAUUUAUUUUUGCCUUUUAAUUUAAGUGAUCUGAAAAAUGACAGCAAACAAAACGUAUCAAUUUGCUUCCUUCAUCAUUGUUGUAUGCUUCAGCUCAUUUUUUUUCUCAUGUCUAUGCUGUAAACAUUUUCCCGGCUAAUUCACAGUAAAAUACUGGCUAAUAAUGGCAUUAUAUUUACAGUCAUUUCCUGUUAAAUUAAAUGCUGUGGAAAACAUGUUGUAAUGUUUACAGUCAUAGUACAUUUUAAUACCAGUAUUUUAUUGUGAAAUAAUACUGGUAAAUGCUUUGAAAUCCUGGUCUUUUUUUUUACAGUGAAGUUUGAUUAUGAAUUGUUUUUUUGUGUGUGUGUGUUUUAAUGAGUGCACUCUAUUUUGAGAUUGUUUUUAAUAUCUGUGCAAGGAUUCCAUAAUUGUGAGACGAAAAAAAAAAGAAACGCAUUGAUCACAUAUUUGCCAAUAUUCUUUUCCAUUAUUGUUGAUUCAAUAUACAAACAGGACUACUUUAUCUAAUUCAUUAUUUGAUGUUUGAAAUCCCCUUGUAAUUUUUUUUUCUGUGUUAUGCAGAAUAACAUGUUCAAGGUUAGACUGCAUUCCCAUAAAGUUUUGCUGUAACCCA